AUGCCCGCAUCGCCAUCUAGCUCCACGCAUUCCCCCACGGAUGGCGACUCUGCCCCGCCAUCUCCAACGACGACGAUGACAUCCGCGCAAUCCGACGCAGAAACAGCGACGCAGGAGCAUAUUGUGCCUGAUAACUCGCUAGACGAUAUUUUCGGUUCCUCGCCGCCCGGGGAAAGUCAUGGUAGUGAUGCACGACAGCAAAACAAUACAACAGAAUCGACGACUGCUGCUGAACCAUCUGAUCUGCCCUCGCUCCGUCGUCAGCAUGUUACUGCCGGGUAUCGCGAUGGGGUAUCCGCUGCAAAGGGGCAAUUUGUUCAGGAUGGGUUCGAUGCUGGGUUUCCUGUGGGAGCGCAGUUAGGUAUGAGGGUAGGAACGGUGUUGGGGAUACUCGAAGGGGUGCUGCGAGGAUUAGAGACGCGCGCGUCGUCGUCUGGACCGGUGAAGAAGCCUGCACGCAGCAGCGCUGGGAAACAGGUCUCUGAGGAAAGUGAAGAAGAGAAAGAGGCGCGCAAGAAGAAGAUAGAGCAGGCUAAGAGGAUCUACAUGACUGCAGUCAAGGAACUCAGCGUGCAGGCUGUCUUUGGAGGACUCCAGGCAGAUGAAGGCCGAGAAGGAGGUGAGAAGGAGAAGCCAGAGACCCGACUUGCAAAGAAAGGUGACUCGGUUGUUUCGAAGUGGGAGAAGAGAGUCAUGGUCCCGAAUUGGGAGGAAAAUCUCGAGUCUCUGGAGAUGGAGGAAGAAGAGGUCCGCGGAGAGCAGAGUUGA